AUGGUCCCGCGAUCGAUCCAUCAAGCGCUAGUUAAGGUGCGACAUAACCAUAUUUUGCUACGCGGGAGCUUGGCGAAACUGGCGUGUCGAGUCGGCCAUCGUUUGUGCGUCACGAGGGCAAAGCAACUAUAUGCUGAUUGGAUGGCAGAUAACCACACUAACAGAAUACCGCCGUCGCUACGACCAACAGUCUAUUGCACAGCCAUCCAAUGGGGUGGACAGUUGGAGUGGCAGUUCUUGCACAACCAGCUAAAGACGGUGAAUCGCGAUGACGAACUAUCCAAUAUUCGAUAUGCAUUGCCCUGCACAAGAGAUGCAUGGUUACUAAACGAAUACAUAACCUCAUUACUAUCCCGGCAGCCGGCUGAACAGAGUGAAAUCACCGAGGCCAUAAGCCAUGUCGCCCACAAUCCGAUGGGCCAGAUUAUCCUAUGGGACCAUAUUCGAGAAGAGUGGCAACAAAUGAUUUCCGAAUACAUAACCUCAUUACUAUCCCGGCAGCCGGCUGAACAGAGUGAAAUCACCGAGGCCAUAAGCCAUGUCGCCCACAAUCCGACGGGCCAGAUUAUCCUAUGGGACUUUCUUAGAAAGUUUAGAUCUAUUUCGUUCUCGAGGCGUACAUCUGACCAGUUUCUGGCGAUUCGAUAA